AAUAUAAGACCAUUAAUCCUUAUUUAAGACAUAGCAGAUUUGAUGCUUUUGGAGCAAUGGAUGAUGGAUUUGACCCCUAUGGACCCAUAGAUAAUAAACUCAUUGACCCUUAUUUUAGAAACACCAGAUUCGAUGCAUUUGGACCAGUUGAUGAAGCAAUUGAUCCAUUGUACAACGUCAAUCCAAAUGCUAAAGACAACGUAAUACUUCCGAAAAUCUUUACAGACCUGAUAGUGUCUCGUUCUGGCGGAGAGUACUUUGAUUCAAGUUCUUCUUUUGAUAUUUAUAAUGAUUUAGUCUACGGACCAGAUUUUAUCUACAAUGCCCCAUUCUUUCGAGGUAGAAGAAACCCAUUUGGUCCAAUGUUUCCCUUUGCUGCAGAUGAGAGUUUUGAAUUGCUUCAUCCUGUUGUGAAUUUUGCUGAAAGUCUUGAAGAUAUUGAUUCCUAUUUCGGAGAUGAAUCUAGAGACUUGUGUAAGUGUGGAGAGACUUUUUUAAAAUUUCCAUUAACUACGAGAUUUAAAAAAAUAUUUAUAUGAGUAUUAUUAAUAUUAACAUUGCAUUAUAUGAUUUUCCUUUACUUGUUGUUAGUUGAUUAUUUUGGUGGUAAUUUUGACAAAGGAGGGGAUGCAGGCCAAUUUGGGAAUGGAAAUUUACUAUCAUUCUUUUCUCAAAUAUAUGAUGGUCCAUUUUUCCAUUCAGAUGAUAUGAUGAUUCUAUAGUCUCUUUUGAAUGAUAUUGUUAUCUAAUUGCUGUGUUUUAAACAAAAGAAGACAAACGCAGGAACGAAAUUCUGUGACAUAAGACAUUUCUAAAUAUUUUUAAACUCUCUAUGUAAAAAAUAAUAUUAACUAUGUCUAAGAACCAGGUAUUGUUUUGGAAGACGUAUAAAUAAAAUAAUUGUGAAUUAACUAUGUUGUAAAUUGUUUGAUUCAAAGUGUGUGAGUAUUUUGAAAUCUUGUAUUGUGUGAAUAAAAUUUAUUUUUU